AUGAUUGAGAAGCUUGCAACUAAUGGAGCUGAUCCGUCUUUGAUUGCUGAACUUGAGUGGGCAGCUACUCAAGAUUCAAAGGCUGGAAAGGCACGGAAGUCCGAGCACCAGAUCUGGGACCGACCAGAUAUCAGACUGACCGGUUGGAAAUUCAACGAGUGGGACUAUGGCAAGGAGAAGAUUCAACUACCAAUUAAUGCUAGAGGAUUAUUCUCCCUCGGAGAUAAGGUAGUUGUCAGAGGAUACGAUAAAUUCUUUAAUAUUGAUGAAGUUGCUACCACUUCAUGGAAAUGGAUCGAGAAUAACACACAGGGUCCUUACUACCUGACUUUGAAAGAAAACGGAUGUAUAGUAUUUUUGUCAGGACUAGAAGAUGGUACUUUGAUAGUCACAAGCAAGCACUCUACUGGUCCUCGUGAAGAUAGUCCUAACGAAACAAACCAUUCGUGGGUCGCCAGGAAGUGGGUUGACAGUCAUCUUUCCAGGGUUGGUAAGACCAGACAGGAACUGGCAAAUGAGCUAUAUGAGCUUGAUGCUACGGCGGUAGGAGAGUUGUGUGACGAUUCGUUUGAGGAGCACAUUUUGCCCUAUACCAAUGAUAAGGCUGGUAUAUAUCUACAUGGCCUAAAUGCCAACACUCGCAAAUUCAUCACUUAUCCGUUUCAAGUGGUUGACGAGCUCAGUGAGAAGUAUGGUUUUAUCAAGACAAAAUAUCUGGUAAAAAAUGAUGUCACAACGCUGAAAGAGUUUUUACAUGAGUGUUCAGAGACAGGAUCCUGGGAAAAUGACGAUAUUGAAGGGUUUGUGGUGCGCUGUAAAAAGAAUACUGGUGACGAUUUUUUCUUCAAGUAUAAAUUUGAAGAGCCUUAUCUCAUGUAUCGAGAUUGGAGAGAAGUCACUAAGGCAUACAUUAAAUCACCGGACACCGCAGUUGCAUCAAUUAAGAGAAACAAGCCACUUACGCUUGAAUAUCUCAAAUUUAUAAAACCAAUUCUAGAUAAUGAUCCAGUAGCAGCGGCCAACUUCUUGAAAAAUCAUGGUAUUAUUGCCCUACGAGAGAAAUUUCUCCAAUCCAAAGGACAGAGUGGCAUGGAGCUUGCAAAAUUGCAGGAAGACGCUGCUGCGAAUAGUACAAAUGGUAUACCUGCUGCUGAUAUUAAGUACGCUCUGAUCCCAGCAGCCACGAUUGGUUGUGGUAAAACGACAUUGGCUCUUGCGCUGACUCACCUCACUGGCUGGGGCUUAGUUCAAAAUGACAACUACUUCAUGAAAGGAGCAAAAGUCAGGCUGGUGACAGAUGCCUGUGAAGGAUUCAAAACUCAUAAUGUCAUGUUCAUAGAUAGAAACAAUCACAUGGUCCGCGAGCGUCGGCAAAUCAUGGAAGACUUGUUGGCGAAAUCUUUAGACGAAAUUAGAUUUAUUUGUCUUAACUUCUUGCCCAACGGAGCUUCAGAGAGCAUUUUCAGGUUUACACGGGAUAGAGUUUCCAACAGAGGAGACAACCACCAAACAAUCACCGGUCUCAGUAGCCAGAAGGUUGAUGGAAUCAUGAGAGGAUUCGUCAACCGAUUUCAGAGGGUCAACCCAUCUCAAGCCCCUGAUAAUUGGUUCCAUGAGAUUAUCAACCUUGACGUUCCAAGUGGAACAAAGGAGAACUUAAAAAGAGUAUUGCAUGUUUUGAAGGAGAAGUAUGCUCUCGUUGGCGACUUCAGCGAGCAGCAGAUAGAUGAGGCUCUCUCAUUUGCAUUAGAAUAUAAAGCCGAGAAAGAACCAGUAAAAGUAAAGGGAAAGAAUCCCAAACAGGAAAAGACCAAAAAUACGGGAGAUGCAAAGAAGAAAGAAGAGAAACCUGUUGAGCCAGUGUCUCCAGCAGAGCCUGCACCUCCACUUCCUCUCCAGCGGAUGUAUUAUAGUCUGCUUCUGGAUGCGAACAAAGAGUUUAUGAUACAACUGAUUGACAGCUUCUUUGCAGCUAAUCCACAAGUCAACGAUAGCUACUGGAAACAUCUCAAGGAGUCGAUGAGGGUACAGAACAGUUUCCACGUAACCCUGGUUCAUCGCGACGCCCAAGACAAUGCUGAGAAGAAGGACUGUUUCGCCAAACUAGACGAAAUCACUGACAAAAGCAGUAUCCCCAUACCUGCCGAAGGCGAUCCUGUCCACUUAAGGAUUCCCGACGUCUCAAGUCCCAUCCGUAUCCUUUCCCUAUGUCACGAUGACGCUGCCAUGGCAUUAAAAGUAGAAGUAGCAUCUCCAGAGAUCCCAUUUGCCAACGGCACUGCUCAUAUCACCAUUGGAACCAGCUUAGGCAUCCCAGCUUUUCGAUCUCUGGAAAUGCUGGCAGCACCCACUUCACAAAGUCAUCCCUGGAACGUCCAACCGGCCGAGCUCUCGAGCUACCUUGACUUGUUCCUCGGCCACGAAAAGCCAACUAGUACCACCUAG